AUGGCGCCCCAGGGAGACGCCGACCAUUGCAGAGACAAGGCCCGCAGGGACUUGCUGGCUCUGCUCGAAGGCGCUCGGGGCAAGAAAAACCUCGUCAUCAGCCAGGAGCUGGCAGGUCCGGUUGGCCUGUUCGCCAAGUUUUCCGAGCUUCAGCAGUACGGUGUAGACCGGGUCUUUUUGCUGGAAAAUGCAAACAUCGACUCGUCUCAACGCAAUGUCGUGUUCCUGGUUCGUGGUGAGAAGGCUCACCACGUCCGGACCGUUGCAGAACAAAUCAAACGUCUUCAGAACAAUGACACGGAACACGAGUUUUCCAUCCUCCUCUCCCCUCGACGCACCCUCGUAAGCAACACCGUCCUGGAAGAAGCCGGAAUCAUUGGAGAUGUCAACAUCGCCGAGUUCCCACUGUAUUUUCUCCCGCUGGAACAGGAUAUCCUAUCACUGGAACUAGAUGAUUCUUUUGGCGACUUGUAUCUGAACAAAGAUCCCGGCUGCAUCUUCCACGCCGCCAAGGCACUAAUGGGCACCCAACAGAGACAUGGGUAUUUCCCUCGCAUUGUAGGAAAGGGCGAUAAUGCCCGACGUCUGGCGGAUCUUCUGUUGCGCAUGCGAAAGGAGCUCGAUGCUGAAGAAAGCUCUGGACUCGUCAACCCUUCUGCCCGAGGACUUCUGCCAAGCGCGGAUACGGAGAACCUGAUUAUCAUCGAUCGUGAUGUCGAUUUUGGAACGCCACUAUUAACGCAGCUCACUUAUGAGGGCUUGAUUGAUGAAUAUGUGGGCAUCAAGAACAACCAGGCAGAUGUCGACACUAGUGUUGUGGGCCAGAACUCAGUGUCGCAGUCCCAAGAGUCGUCCAAGACGCCCCAACAAGCCAAGCAAGGAUUGAAGAGAAAGAUUCAACUGGAUGCAUCGGAUCAGUUGUUCAAUCAAUUGCGAGACGCCAAUUUUGCCAUUGUUGGCGAUCUCCUCAACAGAGUGGCUCGUCGCUUGGAGAAUGAAUAUGAGACACGUCAUGCGGCCAAGUCAACCAACGAGCUCCGGGAGUUCGUCAACAAAUUACCGACUUACCAAUUAGAACACCAGAGCCUUCGGGUCCAUACUAAUCUUGCGGAGGAGAUCAUGAGACUUACUCGCUCCGAGACAUUCCGAAAGAUACUGGAAGUGCAACAGAGUAGUGCAGCUGGUAUUGACCCUACCUACCAGCACGAGAGUAUCGAGGAGCUCAUUGCACGAAAUGCUCCUUUGAAGAACAUUCUUAGGCUGCUGUGUUUGGAAUCAUGUAUGCACGGUGGACUUCGUUCCCGCGAUCUGGAGUACUUCAAGAGACAAGUUGUCCAGGCCUAUGGUCACCAACAUCUCUUGACCUUCUGGGCACUAGAAAAAAUGGAGCUCCUGCAACCCAGGUCUUCUGCUACGGCCAUGCUUCUCCCAACGUCCGGUGCACAGGCUGGCACCAAGACCAAUUACGGAUACCUUCGCAAGAAUCUUCGUCUGGUGAUCGAAGAGGUUAGUGAGAAGGACCCCAACGAUAUUUCAUACGUCUACAGCGGAUUUGCUCCCCUGAGCGUACGGCUGGUCCAGUGCGUUCUGCAAAAGCCUUACAUUGUCUCCCUCAUCAAGGGUGGCACGCCUUCAGCAGCUGCCAACAAUGCCAACACGGCGUCUCCCGGCUGGCUUGGAUUUGAAGACGUGGUCAAGAGUGCUCGUGGUACAACAUUCAGUAUUGUUCAGAAGGGUGACGACAAGGCCGUGCGCGCCCGGCAGACGAUUAGUGGUAAUAACGGUACCAAGAACGUGUAUGUCUUCUUCCUAGGUGGAAUCACUUUCACCGAGAUCGCUGCUUUACGCUUCAUCGCUGCCCAGGAGGCACCGCGUCGGAGAAUCAUCAUCUGUACCACAGGCGUGAUCAGCGGUGAUCGAAUGAUGGACGCAGCCAUCGAGAAAGGCAGCUUCGCCAAGGCGGAGUAA